CAACAAAAAAAUCUGAAUCCUCCCUUCCUCCCUUCCUUCCUUCUUCCAAUUCCCCGAAAAAAAUCUUCCCCGUAACCCCGCCGCCGCCUCAAACCAAUCGUACGGCCAGCGCCCCGGCGACCCCCCCAAAACCUGAACAUGGAAGCCGCCGGCGGGAAUCUCGAUCUCAACGACACCGCCAAUUCCGCCCUCGUCGAUUCCUUCUGCGAGAUCACCUCCUCCACCAGGCAGGAAGCCGCUUUCUUCCUCGAGAGCCACCAAUGGGAUCUCGACGCCGCCGUCUCCACCUUCCUCGACAACGAUAACGCCGCUGUCGCCGUCGCCGCUUCUUCUGCUGCUGCUGCUAGUGCUCGUGCUGUUCCUCCGACUGGUGGCGGUGGCACUCCUUCUCCGACGGAUUCGCCGGACGAAUCGAUGUCUCCUAACUACUCCCCCUCGCAGUCUCCUGCUAGGUCCAGGUCACGAUCCCGCUCCUCGUCUCCUGCUCCCGCGACUAUGUCUAGGUUGCCUUACCAGCUGAGAUCGAGAGGGGAGAAGAAGAGUAAGAAGACUGGUACGGCUGGUGCUAGUGGGAGUGGGAAUCGUGGUGGAAUUAGGACUUUGGCUGAUCUCAAUCGGAUCCCUGGUGGUUCUGAUAGCGAUGAUGACGACGACGAGCCGCAGGAGUAUUACACCGGGGGCGAGAAGAGUGGCAUGCUGGUCCAAGAUCCUACAAAGCGAUAUGAUGCAGAUUCGAUUUUCGAUCAAGCUAGAAACUCAGGAGCUGUUCAAAGGCCUGAGGGUUCUUCUGCUCGGUCUUCUUCGGCUUCGAGAAGCUUUACUGGAACUGGGAGACUACUCACUGGAGACACAGUUCCUACUUCUGCACAGCCUCCUGAGUCUGUCAAUCAUACCAUCACUCUCUGGAGGAAUGGCUUCACUGUCAAUGAUGGACCUUUGAGGAGGUUGAAUGAUCCUGCUAAUGCCGACUUCCUCGAGUAUAUCAUAUUGCAGAGUGUUCAGAGAUCCGAAUGUCCGAGAGAGCUUGACCCAGCAGACAGGAGAACUAAAGUCCAUCUCGACCUUGUGAGGCGGGAUGAAAACUUUGCAGAACCAGCAAAGAAGAAACCAGCCUUCCAAGGCACGGGCAGAACUCUGGGAACUACCGGUGAUGGUGGAGCCUCAGCAUCAGAGUCACCAGCAGCUCCACCAUUGAAGUCUGCUCCAGCUCCGUCGAUCGGUCUGACGGUGGAUUCCUCAUUACCAACAACCUCGAUUCAGCUCCGGUUGGCAGAUGGGACCCGGAUGGUCUCCAGGUUCAACCUCCACCACACCGUAAGAGACGUGCGCUCUUUCAUCAUGGCGUCGAGACCCGGUGAAGCUCAAGGUUUCCAACUUCAGACGAUGGGGUUCCCUCCCAGACAGCUCACCGAUCCAGAUCAGACGAUAGAGGAUGCUGGGAUCGCGAGUUCGGUAGUGAUUCAGAAAUUCUAGAGCAGAGUGACGGUUAUCUCAUUGCUAGGGCGGUGGCAUUGUUAGCUAAGACGUUUGCUUUUUUGGUUUCGUGACAGUCUUAUUAUCGUCGGAUGGAUUCAGGCUAUAUUUAGGAAGAUUGUGAACCACACUCUAAUUAUUCAAAUCAAAACCAAUUAGCUUGAAGAGUUUCAUUUAUUUAUGAAUCUUUUUUUUUUAUAGAAAAGUUCAAUGAUUUUUCUUUGGGUUAAUUGCAUG